CAAAACACCAAACUUGCAUGACUGGCUACAGAGUAACGACAUCGUACAUAGUAGACCAUGACCUCACUCCGGGGCGGCGAUACUCGCAGAAGAACAACGCGCGUAAAACCCAAUGUCGCAGAGCCUAACGAUUCAAAUCCAGGAACCGGGGCUCGCCCUGCCGCGACUCGCGCGACAAAGCGCAAGCACGACAACGAUGAUAUUGACCGUCCUACCGCAACACGCGGGUUGAAGAAGGCAAAAGUCGAACCCACUAUCAACCAGCCCCCGACCGAGGUUUUAGCCAUCCUGGUCUUUGGAAACGGCGAUGGGGGUGAAUUAGGUCUCGGGCCCGCAGCACAGGAAGCCAGUCGCCCUCGCCUCAACCAGUUUCUCAACCCCAGUGACCCUUCCGCACUCCGUGUCGUCCAACUCGCAUGCGGUGGGAUGCACACAAUCGGUUUGACCGAGGUCAACAGGAUUGUGACUUGGGGCGUCAAUGACAACUACGCUCUCGGAAGGAGCACCGCCUGGGACGGUGGUCUGCGAGACGUCGACGGGGACUCGGAGGAGGAUGGCGAGCUGAACCCUCUCGAGUCGACCCCGACCCCGAUUCCGACACAACACUUCCCGCCUGGAACGAGAUUUGUUCAAGUCGCCGCCGGGGAUAGCUGUAGCUUUGCGCUUACGGAUGCAGGAGCAGUGUAUGGUUGGGGCACGUUCAAGAACUCUGAAGGGAAGGAGAGGUUCGGCUAUGACGCCAAUGGGCAGGCCAUCGAGAAACAACCCACACCCACGCAAAUCGCCGGCCUGAGUAACAUCACCCAAGUCACUUGUGGUGCUAACCACGCCCUAGCUCUCGACGUGAACGGCGCCGUUUGGGCCUGGGGCUGCAACGAGCAGAAUCAGCUAGGUCGCCACGACUUUGGACGCCACGCUCGGGACUCGCUUACCCCUGACCGCGUCAGAAUCAGGGACAUCAAGCAUAUCGCCUGCGGGGACUACCACUCCUUGGCGGUUGACAAGAAGGACCAGGUGUGGGCCUGGGGUCUGAAUAGUUUCGGCCAAGCCGGCUAUGCUAAAGCGGCGGGUAGUGACGAGGUGCUCCUGCCCUUCCCGAUGAGGAUACCAGGCCUCCGCGGCAAGGGGGUGGUCUCUCUGGCCGGUGGAGCCCACCACUCCGCUGCGGUGACGGCUGAUGGGCAAUGUCUUGUCUGGGGCCGGUUAGACGGCGGGCAGCUCGGCAUAACUUUCAGCCCGGAGCAACUUGAGGACGCCACUGUGAUACGCCAUGACGAGCGCGGGAGACCGCGCAUUUGUCUUCGCCCCACGGCAGUGCCCGGUAUAGGAGAAGUCAGCCAUGUAGCGUGCGGACCCGACCACACCAUCUUUGUUACCCGGAAAGGAACGGCCUAUGCGACGGGUUUCAACUCACAGGGUCAGUUGGGUCUCGGCCAUGAGGAUGAUGUGGAAGCUGCCCAGCUUAUACAGGGCAAAGCCUUGAAGGACAGGGCGCUCACUUGGGCUGGUGCUGGCGGUCAGUUUUCAAUGGUGGCUGCCCGCUCCAAGUCCAGCCCUGCUGAAGGCAGUUAGGCCCCUCUGGCUAAAUAAAAGCUGAACUCGAAAGGAAAACAAGAAAUCAAGCAAAAAGGAAUACAACGAAAGUCAUCGGCAUACACAUUAGAUACAAACAGUCGAGUAAAAUACAGCCCCCCUAGGCUUCCGAGUGGCCUUGGUUUCGUUCCUCCAGGCGAGGUUUAUUCCACAUCUCCACUCGCAGGCGCCCGGCUGCUUUUGCCCAUAGGGUGGCUAAGUUUAACCAUCCCACCAAAUCCGCUUCCGGAGCGAACCACAUCGGCUUCUUUACAUACGUACAUAGUAGGUGCUUGAUCCUUACCUGUGCGACCCUUUUCUCAACCGAGAUACCCUAUUCCUUGUCAUCUAACACCGGUAAAUAUCACCGAAUAGAUUCACUACACGACCUACAAUGAC